AACAGUUGAUACUCUGAACCCUUCAGAUAUCAUACAAAUAUGGAUGUCUUCAAAUCGUUGACGUUUCUGUUGAUCUUUUCGUUUGCCUCGGCAAUACUGGAGAAUGAUAUUGGAGUACAUUGUACAUUCCCGCCUUCAUGGCAGAGCCGGGUUUUCUUUGAUUCUGGUGAGCUGAUCAUGUCAAUACCUGAACUGAUGAACGCUACAGGAACAUACUACUAUGACUACCCCAGUCAACAGAUGAGACUUGACCUCAAUGGCACGGCGUCUCUAGGCAACGUAACCUUUUCAAAUACUUACAUAUGGCAUUUUAAUGAGAGCACAGUUUAUAGUAUCGAUAACAACAACCAUACAUGUGACAAGGACAAGGACAGUGACUAUAUAUGGAAUCCCUGGAACGGCGUACCAUUGGACGCCCACUCGGAUUGGCAUGGCGGCGUGGGGGACUUCCAGGAGAACACAGAACACUUCACGUUGAUCAGGAAAGAACCUUACGCCGACGUCAUCUUAACACUCGAUGUUAGAGCAGGAUACGUCUGUCCACCUGUUCGUUAUAUAAUCCAAGACAAAGAUUACGAUCCUGCAAGCGGAGUGAUAGUCAACUACGAGUUUCUUGAUCCACAGGAUCUUUCAGACCCCAGUGUGUUUAUCCUGCCCUCAAGUUGUGCUAAAGCAACAUCGACAAAGUACAACCAAAUCAGGAGAAAAAAUCCAAGGUCACGAUUUCUCCGACUCUUUAUGGGAUAGUCACGUGGAAGAAGAAGCACUAAAACACAACAGAAGGACAAUUGCGAAGUUUGUGAACACGAUUAAUUUAAUUUUCUCAAUACUGUAUUUAGGGUAUUUGUUAUCUCUUAUCUCAAAAACAAUAAAAUAAAAAUGAA